GUCCGUGUGUGGCUGCUGCGCGCCUUUUUUCCGCCUCUUGGAGCAGCAGCAGCUGACUUUCCUUCCUCCUGCCCUUUGGGGGCUUAAGUCUUCUUCCUGAUUGGAAUAUGGCAUCGGAGACAGAUGACUCAUCAGCCAGGUCUGGCCCAAACAGGCUGCAUCAGCCAACAUCAGCUGAUGCAUCACCUCAUGGGAGGCGAUCCUAUUACCAGGCUAUACUAACGAGGCAACCCUGCACAUCAAUGAAUCCUCAGAGAACGUCCUCAUCUAGAAGACCAGUGCCUGUUCCAGACGAUGGGGUAUUGCUGGAAGGACUGCCGAGUCAACCAACAUGGCAAAGAGAUGUCGAAAUGCACCGGAUGAUCAGACGCCUUGCGUCAAGGCGAGAGGCUAGCUUGGAAGGCCGACCUAGGCCACAUAUUCAAGAACAUGAGAUCAUUAGUUUCCGAAGAGCUCUGUAUCGCUCUGGUAUUCAUGUUAGGAGCAUUGGAGAUGGAGGACGUUAUAGAGACACCUCGGCUGAAUUUCUUUGCAGGAAUUCUGCCUCUCUUCAGAGGCUGGUCCCAUGGCUAACGCGUGAACUUACUGUUUUGUUGGGCACUCUCAGCUCUCUAGUCAGGUUUGUGCGACGUAUUAUCAUGAGACAUGUGGUUAGACAUGAUAUGGAGAGCCAAGCACUUGCUAAAUUGUUAAAACCUUACUUGCUCCAUUGCACAGAACACUUCGUGCACGAGUUUAUCAGCUUUGCCAGGUGCCCUUUUAAUAUAGAGGCAUAUGAUCAGCACACAAACUAUGAGUGUCCUGCUCCUUCGUAUGAAGAAAGAAGUCGUUCGGGAUCCUCCAUUAUUACAAUCUCUCCAGACGAGGCAGAUUCCCAACCAUCAGAUUGUAAUCCCUUCACAGUUGGUACUGGCCAGGCUCCUUGGGAUGAUGAAACACCAGGCCCUUCCUACUCCAGCUCAGAGCAGGCUCGUGCUGCCAUAUCUCCUGCUUUGGGCACUUCAGAGAACUGUGAUGAAGGGUUCUCUGGACACACCACUGAGCCUCAAAGGCAGUUACCAGCAAGUGCAGAGACCAAUGGUGCCAGUGGCGACGAUUCCUCUAACAACUGUGCUGUUGUUGGCUAUGUGAAACCACGAGUGGAGAGGACACCAGAACUUGUGGAGCUGUCUUCAGACUCUGAGUCUGAGGCAUCAGCUGAUGGGGGCAAAUGUGGAGAAGUGAAAGAAGUACAGCCCAUCCGGUAUCACAGGUUUGAUGCUUAUGGCCACAGAUUAUCUAAAAAAAGGAAAUCUGAAGUGCAAGAUUCUGACAGUAGAGAGCGGCAUGGCCUUAAAAGAAAGAGAAAGCAUCAUAGCCGGGAAAAACGAGAAAGGAAGAGAGAUCGCAGCAGAUGGAAACAUAGGAAGAACAAAAAGAAGUCAAGAACCAGAGACAAGAGUCUGUCUGGCAAAAGUAAAACACGCUCUCCAAGUAGCGAGAGUGGUAUGUCUAGGGAUCGAAGCAGAUCAAGAUCCUGCAGCAGUGAGUCCAGGAAAAGAGAAUCACAGAGCAAAGAUUACUUCACAUAUGUUUACCAAUGUGAAAAACAUACCUGUUACCAUAGAAAUAGAAGUCCAGAUGGUUAUGAACCAAGAAGGCAACCCAGUAGCAGAGCUAGAACUCUUUCUAGUGAGUCUGAGGGAACAAGAUCUGAAAAGCCUAGAGGGAAAAGGAAGUACAAGUCUCAUCACUUGGAGAGCAGUACACCCAGAGGAAAUGAAGACGCUUCUUCUGCCAAGGAAGAAAGGGCUCUUCAGAAACCUUUGCUCAACUACAAAGACUCUUACAAAAAGACAGCUAGUUUUGUGGCUGGGCAACCAGAAACUGGGAUUCAACACAAAAAGGGUAAGAAAAGGUCGAGAAGCCCAACUGUGGAGAUUAUUGAUGAAGGAAAUGCCACCGACAUGAGACACCAUACAAAGAAGAGGGAAAGGGAGGAAAACACACCAAAAAGCCAUACGGGCAACUCUCCAUUCUCUUCUUCACUUGUCAUCACAAUAGACAGUGAAAGUGACAAAGACCUUGAAAUCCAAGGCAAUAUUGAGCGUGAUAGUAACAUUUCCUGGAGUCCCACCAUGCAACAGAAUGACAGAGAAAGAGAGUUUCCUUCACCCCUCUUGGAAGCCAGAGACUGUAGUUAUGACCGAGCUAAUGAAUCAGACAAAAUUGACAUGGACAGCAAUGUGACUACCACAGUGGAGGAUGGAGAUGAGACUCCAUGUAGAGUUGCACAGCUGCAGGAAAGUGCCAAUCAACAGGAAUCUCCUGGGAGGGACAGUAGUAGUAGUAGUAGUAGUUCACUUGAGACAGGCAAUCAGCCUAGCAGCACAGAAAGGGGCUUAGGCAACCGGUUUCCAGCCAACAGAUCGUCUUUGUUUGCAAGGCUGAAAAAGCUGAUGGAAGAGUCACGUCGGCGGGACUCAUAAUAACAGAAAGUGUCACUUUUUACCCAGUCAUUUUUAAAUGAGGGGAAAGCAACAACAACUUUUGAUUAGACUUUUCCUAAAAUACAAUAUACCAGCAAUGAAAUAUGCAUUGCACUCACUGCUCCAAAGGUCAACUUGAAAUGAUCUCUUUAAUGCAUAAAGAUAUGAAAAGAUAUUAAAAUAACUUCCCAAUUUCCCCACAAAACAUGUAAGUGAAAACAAACCCGAGCCAAUGUUUGGGUGUAAUACACCAUCCUCAGGGCUCCAUUUAGCAUGUCAGCUGACAGAACUUAAAUACAGAAGCUGAGAACCAAACGCAGCAAACAGAGUACCAUAGUUACAUUUAUUAUUUAUGACUUUUCUGAGUGUGUGUGUGUGUGUGUGUGUGUGUGUGUGUGUGCACCUCUUCCUUGCCCAGUGGUUCUGUUUAUCCUCACAACCCUGCUGAAAGGUGGGUUAGGCUGAGAUAUAAGUGACUGGCCCAGGGUCACCCACUGAGUUUCAUAGCCAAGUGGGGAUAUGAACUUGGGUCUUCCAACGCUCUGACCAUUACCCCACACAUGAGGGAGGGGAGAGAGCAGACCUUUUGCAGAGAAGAUAUUAAGGGUAUUCACACGACCUUGGAGUUAAAUCCUGUUUGUAUGAUAAUCGAUGUGAAGGGAGGAUUGUUCCAUCUGUGAGGAGGAUGAGGGUUGGUGUAAGCUGAAGCAGGUAGUAUAAAACUGAAUGUGUGGAACCUAGAUGCCGAGAUCAUAGAGCUCCUUUCUCAUGGGGGUAUUCCCCCAAUGCACCACGCUCAUUGCACAGUGCAUUCUGGGCUACCCGGAGGCCAGGGCAAAAUGUCCCAGCCUCCAGAGUUCCGUGCUCCUCCGAGCAGCAUGGAUCAUGUGGGCGCAUGGCAGCCUGCGCAAAGGGGCGGCACACCAUUAUCUGGGGGGAAGGUGACUUGGACCUUGCCUUCCCACCUACCCCCGUCCACCCACCCUUCCCCCCUACCCCUGUCCUGCGAAAACCCUUAAUAAACAAAUACGAAUAUGACGAAUAAUAUAACAUUUAUUAUACCCUUAAUAGCUUCUCUGCUCUCUCCUCCCUCAUGUUGCUGUAAACUGUCCAGAUACAGAAGAUUUGACAAAUAGACAAAAUCAAUCAAAUGUAUUCUCUGUUUGCUGCUUUCAUUGCUCAGCUCUGUAAUUAAGUGCCUUCAGCUGGCAUUCUAAAUGGAGCACUGAGGAUUGUGUGUCACACCGUAACAUUGGCUCAGUUUUGUUUUAGCUUACAUGUUUUGUGGGGAAAUAUGUAACUUGUUUUACUAUCUUUUAACAUCUUUUAUGCAUUGAAGAAGUCAUUUGAAGUUUGUCUUUUCCUAAAAGCAACAAAGAAUUGGAGAAUUGGUAGAGCAUUUUCCAUGGUGCAGCCCCAUCUUGGGUCUGUUGGUACAUUAAGAGUCCUGUUCUGCUAACCAGGAAAUGAUUCAAGACACACAGUUUUAGGCUAGUUCACUAUGCUAGUGCAUAUGUUGCUGGAUGCUUGUGGUUCAAUCAUUUAUUCUUGUGUUAAUUAUCCAUUAAAUUUUCCAAGAAGUUAAAAAAAAAAAAAGGAACCUUGUCCUCAAAACCUGCCAUAUUUAUCCCCUUGUAAUAUAGUUCCUCCCUAUAAAA